GCGGCAGCACAUUACGAUACAAGGCGCUGCGAGGGAUCAAGCACCGUCGCACUGGAAUGAGCUGUUACGGGAAUCCCCUACGAGCCUCCCUCUUUAGGCUGAAAACGUGAGAAGAAAAAAGGCUGCAGCAUCAGUCGGACAUCAGCUCUGCGGAAAGCAGCAAUUUAAAAAACAACAACAACAACAACAAGAAAAAAAAACAACAAGAGGAUCAACUUCUGGAACUGCAAUAUCUCCUCUCUCUUCAGACAACACUCCCAUCACAUACCGUGCAUUUCCGUCCAUCACCGGGCCGAGGAGACGUUGACAGAGGGGACGGGGGGGAGGUGUAGAGACAGAGCUAAGCGCCCAGAGACAGAGGGAGAGCAGGGGUGGGGAGGAGAGGAUGGAGGCCCUACUUCCUGUGCUGAAGAGUCACCCAGGCCUGUCGGUGCUGGUGUGCUCUCUGGUUUUCAGGGUGGUCCACAGGUUGUUGCAAAGGCUGCCAGUGCCCAAAGUGGUGAGGCAGGAUGACUACCGCUCCUGGAAGUGGCGGAACCUCUCUGUGUCCCUGGUGCACUCCCUGCUGACCGGGACAUGGGCCUUGACCUGUGUGGUGGUUUGGCCGGAGACGCUGAGAAACAUCCACUCUUACCACACCUCGCUAUCCUACCUGCUCGUCUGCGUCUCAACAGGAUACUUCGUGCAAGACGCAGGUGAUAUUAUCCUGACGGGACACGCAAGAGGAUCAUGGGAAUUCUUGCUCCACCAUGCACUGGUGAUCUGGUGUUUCCUGUACGCCCUCUACACUCAGCUGUAUGUAGCCGGCGCUGUAAUAGCUCUCUUUGUAGAGGUCAACAGUGUCACCUUGCACCUGAGGCUGAUGCUAAAGCUGUCCGGAGCUCAGUCCUCCUCCAUGUACCACAUCAACAAACUCGCCAACCUCUUCACCUACAUUGCUUUCCGUCUGAGCACCCAGUUCUACCUCACCUGCCAAGAGAACCCGAACAGACCAGGACAGAGAUUAGAUGUGUCUGAGCUGUGCUGCAGUGCCUUUACCACAGUGCCUUUCCCAAAAAUAAAAAAUAAACAGAGACAAAGAUGGUGUGUGAAUAAUAAAGUAAAUAUGUAGCACAGAAUGAUGAUCUGUAUGCUUUUGUAAAAGCUUGAUUGUUGCCGAGCAGAGAUUUUGGAGACAAACAUAUAGAUUAAUUUGACCACAAUAGUGUGUAAUGUAUCUUGUAGUGAAUUGUGAGAACAGUUUUUUUUAGGAGCCCUGUAUUUUUGCUGAGUGAUACCAUGAAUUAAAAAAGUAUUUCAAAUCACA